CCGUGUGUUAGUCGUGUGCUGGUACUCUGACCCUCGCCAGACCCAUCGACCACCAGUUCGCUUACCUUUGUCGAGUUCUGUCAGGGCACCAAUCUGCUCCCCAGCGUACUGGGAUUUCAUGUUCAGGUUAGAUAGAUGCGCCUCGAGCUCGUCGACGUCAGCGAUGCUCUGGACAGGCGUCAGCUUCUUCAGCACCACCUCAAUGGCCUUGCGCGCAGUGUUCAGGUUGCGAUAAACGCGUGCAACCUUCGGCCAGCUUGUGCUCGUACUUCUCCAGCUUGGCUAGGCGCAUAAGAAACUGCUCAGUAACCACGUCGCCGGGCUUCAGUGUGUCAGACGUCAGCUUCGCUGCUGGCGCGGAGGCAUCGCCGUUGGUGGAGCCAGUGCCUGGCGGUUUCUGGGUGUCGGCUGCCGAUGCGUCUGGCGGCGGUGGUGUUGAAUCGCCCAUGUUCUGCAAAGCGGGGCAAUUACGGCCAGCAGCAGCAGCAGGGGUCGGGCCUGUCGGACGAGGAGCAGCUGUACAAGAAGACGGUGCAGGGCCUGUCGCAGAAGAUAUUCAGAAUAAACGCCAGCGUAGCCAACAUACGCCAGCUUGUCGGGCAGCUGGGCACGUCGCGCGACACGGCCCGUCUGCGGCAGGACAUCCACAACAAGAUGGAGAACACGCGCGAGCUGGUAAAGAGCACGGCCAGCGAGCUCAAGUCUCUGUCCGAGUUCCAGAAGGAGCCGUCCAAGCGCAAGCAGCGCCGGCUGGAGCAGCAGAAGCUGACAUCAGACUUCCAAAAAACAGUAGAGCAGUACCAGGCCAUCCAGCGAGUGUCUGCCGAAGCGUCGCGCGAGUACGUAGACCGGGCCAGGCACGCCAUCGAGGUGCAGCACGACACAGCCGCGCAGGACGACGAGGUGGACGAGUCCAACCCUCUGCUGGGCGAGCAGCGGCAUGUGCAGCUGCGUGUUCUGGACAACGAGGUAGAGUACAACGAAGCGCUUAUCAACGAGCGCGAAUCGGAAAUCAACGAGAUUGAGCAGGGCAUCGUGGAGCUGAACGAGAUCUUCCGCGACCUGGGGACUAUUGUCACCGAGCAGCAGUCGCUGCUGGACAACAUCGAGACGAACGUGCAGAGCGUCGCUGUCAAUGUGCAUGCGGCGUCCGAGGAGCUCACCACGGCUAGCGAGUACCAGCGGCGGUCCAACAGGACCAAGUGCUGCAUCCUGAUGUUUGCUGUCAUUUUCCUCAUUGUUAUCCUGCUUAUCGCCCUCUCCUAAGUAAUUGUCGUUUUGUUGUUUUUCUAAAAGCAAUUAUUUUUCAAAGU